UUAUUAGAUUAAAAAACAAGAAAAGCCGCCAUCUUUACUUACAUUCACAGCACAGCAAAGCCAAACAAACUGGACACAUCCCCUCUCCUUCUCUCCCUCAUUAAAAACAGAAAUUUUCCUCCCUCUCUCUUCUGCUUCUCCUUCUCCUUCCUCAUUCACCAUCGUCCCCACUUCCAUUCGUACUUUUCUCUGCCUCCACAGCAGGGAUUAAUUAAGAACAAACCCCAAAAAAGCAGAGGAGGCUCUCUGUUCUCAGUUCUCACCUCCCUCCUGUCAUCUAUCACAAUGAAAAUGGCCAAGGAGAGGGAGAAAGCAGCAGCAGCCGGCGGCGAGAAGAAGGUGUUUCUGGGAGUCGUGUGGAACUGCGCCGCAGAGCUCAAGCUCCUCUUAACCGCUCUCCUCAUCCUCUGCUCCGUCGCCACCGUCCUCCAGUUCCUCCCUUCCCGCUUCACCAUCUCCACCUCCGAUCUACGCUUCUGCAUCUCCCGAAUCACCACCACUACCACCACCACCAUCUCCGCCGCUGCCGCCCUCUCCUCUCUCAAUUCCUCCUCCUCCUCCGCCGCUCACGCCGCUUCGCGUCUCGUCGUUAAUCCGCCGCCGCCCCUCCCCGCUUCUCCCCCCGCCGUCGACAGGGAUAGGGUGCUUGAAAACGGCGUAAUCAAGCGCGUGUUCAACCCGUACGGCUCCGCGGCCUACAAUUUCAUCACAAUGGGGACUUACAGAGGCGGGCUCAACACCUUCGCCAUUAACGGUCUCGCUUCCAAGCCUCUCCACCUCUACUCCAAACCCACUUACCGGUGCGAGUGGGUACCCGAACCGUCGCCGCCGCCGUCCAAUUCCUCCAAGCCGAUAACCACCGUCGGUUACAAGAUGCUCCCCGAUUGGGGGUACGGACGGGUCUACACCACCGUCGUAGUGAACUGUACUUUCUCCGAGCCAAUCAACGCCGACAAUUCCGGGGGCAAGCUCUACCUCCUCGCCUCCACUUCCGGCGGCGGCGACGCCAAAUUCGACUCCACCGACCGAAUCCAGGUGCUGGAAGAGCCGAAAGGGAGCGUCGAUUUCGAGGUUUUCGAUCCCAAUUCCAAGCCCAAGUACGACUACCUCUACUGCGGCUCGUCGCUGUACGGCAACCUGAGCCCGCAGAGGGUGAGGGAGUGGAUCGCCUACCACGUGAGGCUGUUGGGGGAGAGAUCCCACUUCGUCAUCCACGACGCCGGCGGCGUCUACGACGAGGUGUUGGAGGUUCUGAAGCCGUGGAUGGAAUUGGGGUACGUGACCCUGCAGGACAUCAGGGACCAAGAGAGGUUCGAUGGAUACUACCACAAUCAGUUCAUGGUGGUGAACGAUUGCCUUCACCGCUACAAGUUCAUGGCCAAGUGGAUGUUCUUCUUCGAUGUGGACGAGUUCAUCUACGUCCCGCCUAAAAGCACCAUCAAAACCGCCCUGGAUUCGCUCUCUGAGUAUUCCCAGUUCACCAUUGAGCAGAUGCCCAUGAACAGCAAGCUCUGCCUCACCGCCGACUACGGCAGAUACUACAGGAAAUGGGGGAUGGAGAAGCUGGUGUACAAAGACGUGAAGAGAGGGGUGAGGAGGGACCGGAAGUACGCGAUCCAGCCGAGGAACGUUUACGCGACGGGGGUGCACAUGUCGCAGAACCUGGUGGGGAAGACGAACCACAGGACGGACGGGAAGGUGAAGUACUACCAUUACCACGGCUCCAUCGCGCAGAGGAGGGAGCCGUGCAAGACGCUGCUGAACGUCAGCGAGACCUACUUCGAGAAGACGCCGUACGUGCUGGACACCACGAUGAGGGACGUCGCCUGGGCGGUCAAGAAGUUCGAGCUCAAAAUGAUCGGAACCAGGCUGCAGAACACCCGGCAGUGAAUCCGGCCGUCUCCGCCGGCCGGCCGGGCCAGACAGGAAGAUUUUUUACCGGACGGCAAAAUGAAAAAAAAAAAAGAAUAACUAAUUGUUUUGUUUUUGUUGGGUUUCUUUUUUAUAAAUUAGGUUCCCUUCCUGUCCUUCUCUUCUCUUCUUUUUGGUUUAAUUUAUUUUUCUUCUUUUUUUAUACAUAUGCCCGACCCCCCCCCCCCCCUCCCUUUUAUAUAUUUUUUGGUACAUUUUUUAUAGGACUUACAGGAGGAUUCAUAUAUAAAUUACGGGGGAGUUUCUUCUUCUGCUUCCUCUUUCUUGGGAUGUAUAAAAUAAUUGAUGAAUAAUUUAAAUAAUUUAAUAGAAUCGAGUACAGGUAGAUAGGUGUUCUUUUUCGCCAUUCCUUUC